AGUGUUGUGCGUGCGAUGCAAGAGGCGAGCAAAGUAGACAUUACCAAUGUGAGGAAAACAUUUUGGGAUUGUAAAUGCCUUAUUAUUAUAGGCUGAUAAGCAGGUUCUGCUUCCAUUUCGCUAAGUCAGCCUCGGAAUAAUGUGGGUAAAACCACAAGAAGUUCUUCUUGCAAAUGCGUUAUGGGUAACCGAACAGGCAAAUCUAUAUUUCCUUCUUCAAAGGAGAAAAGGUCAUGGAAAAUCGAAAGGAUUGUCGUCAAUACUUGUUGGUACACUGGAUAGUGUCUUCGACACUAAGCCACCACCAUACAGGAUUCUGCACCAGACACCAACUUCCGAAGUAUAUUACCUGAUAGCAUGCUCUCUGACACAUGUGGAAAUUGAGAAGGAUUGGGAGUGGCUGCAGCGUAACCUGUCUAGCACACUGAGUUCAUUUGAUAAUGAAGAUGAUGUUACUGAAUUCGUCUGCUGCAAAAUUCAGUCUGUCAUAGCAAACAAUGUACCAGAUAAUCAAGGCAUUGAUGAUGAGGACACACAAUCGUUCAAAACUGUAUCUUUCAAGUUUCAUCGUCUUUUCAAUAUGCCUCCUGAAGAGAAACUGGUCAAUUAUUAUUCAUGCAGCUACUGGAAGGGUCGUAUGCCACGUCAGGGCUGGAUGUAUUUAUCCAUCCAUCACUUGUGCUUCUAUGCCUAUAUUCUUGGUCGUGAAACCAGAUUAGUUAUCAGGUGGACUGAUAUUACGGAACUUGACAAAACAAAUAGUCUGCUUUUCCCGGAUUCAAUUCGAAUUGCAACAAGGGAGAAGGAGUAUUACUUCUCAAUGUUUCUGCACAAAUCGGAGACAUUUGCCCUUAUGGAGCAGCUCACAAAUCUGGCAAUGAAACAGCUAAUUGAUGAAAAAGGGGGAUAUAACGAAGACAGAGAGCUGUUAAAUAAGUUAAGUAAGAAUGUACCAAAGAAGCCAUCAUUCCUGAAGCGUGAUCUUGAUGCUAGAGCUCACUCAGAAGCAUAUCGCUUGACAUUCCGGUUACCAGCUAGUGAGAAACUGGAUGGUAGUAUAGAUGCUACGCUAUGGACACCUUAUAACAAGCGGCAUGUUUGGGGACGCAUGUUUCUCUCCCAAAACUUCAUAUGCUUUAGCAGCAGGGUGAAAGGCUUGGUCAGUCUGGUAUUACCUUUGAAGGAUAUCAGCUUAGUAGAACGAGCAGAAAACCAGGCAUCGAAUCCAGCAGUAAAUAAUUCAGUUCUCAUCACUUCGGCAAACCACACAAGUUUCCUCUUCGCACAAAUUCAAGAUCGUGAUUUUGUUGUGCAAAAAAUCUCGGAGCUUCUUGCCAGGACAAGGCUUGCUGCACCGUCAGUGUACAAUUCAGAAAGUGCUCAUUCACCAACUUCAAGCAGUGGAAGCAUUAGUCAGGGAGAGGAAGCAAAACCAGUUGCUGUUGCGUACUUGCCGGAAUGGAACCCCCAGCCACCAAUGAUGACAUUGUUUAACUGUGAGACUUCGGCAGAAUAUGUUAAACAUCAGAAAGAGAAGUUGCGAAAAUGGGAAACCCAUUUUACGGAAUAUGGAAGAGGCGUAUCUAUGUAUCGAACCAGCGAGUUGGCAAGACUUGUACUAGGUGGUAUACCUGAUGAACUCAGAGCAGAAACGUGGAUGGCUUUUUCAGGUGCUGCAAAUGAAAUGGCAGCUAAUCCUGGUCUUUACAGACUACUUGUAGACCAGUCAUUAGGCAAACCAUCGACUGCAAAUGAUGAGAUAGAGAGAGACUUACAUCGUUCCCUACCUGAACAUCCAGCAUUCCAAUCAGAAGUUGGUAUCUCAGCACUGCGCAGGGUACUUUCUGCAUAUGCAUGGAGAAACCCACAGAUUGGUUACUGUCAGGCAAUGAACAUAGUUGCGUCAGUACUUCUGAUUUACUGCUCUGAAGAACAAGCAUUCUGGCAACUUGCAACACUUUGUGAGAGCUUGCUCCCAGACUACUACAACACUCGUGUAGUUGGAGCACUGGUAGACCAAGGUGUUUUGGAUGACCUCACAUUGGAACACCUACCUAGUCUACAUGCACGGCUCGAUGCACUAGGAAUGAUACGCAUGAUAUCUCUGUCAUGGUUUCUCACCAUUUUCCUCAGUGUGAUGCCAUAUGAAAGUGCUGUCAACAUAAUAGACUGCUUUUUCUAUGAUGGUGCAAAAGUCAUAUUUCAGGUAGCAUUGACUGUGCUGGAAGCCAAUCAGGAGAAACUACUGUCUUGCCAUGAUGAUGGAGAAGCCAUGCAACUUCUGGGAGAAUAUCUGGAGGGUGUGUAUAAUGAGGAAGGGCAUUCUGUGAGUCGCAACAAGGAUGCAGAACAAGUGAACAAGAGCAUAUCAGUGCAGAGCCUGCUGUAUGACGCCUACACGCACUAUGAUACUCUAACUGCUAACAGUAUAGAACGCCUCCGCUUGAAGUAUAGGUUAAGAGUUGUGCAGCAACUGGAGGAUGGCGUUGGUCGUAAUGUAAUCCGUAGUGUUGCAUCAGAGGGUUAUUUCACUACAGAAGAGUUGCAGGAUUUGCUGAUGCUUGUAAGAGAAGAGCUGUUGUCUCAACAGAGAGGGCCAUAUGAACGGUAUGAUCAAACACUGCCUCCAUAUGAGGCAUAUAGAGUGGAUCAGGAACUCUUUCGCCUACUUUUUGUUGGCCUUUCACCGUGGGGCAAAGGACCAGAAGCUCUCAUGGGCAGGAUUUUCAAGCUGCUGGACCACAAUAAUGAUGGACUGUUGAACUUUCGUGAACUGGUGGUCGCAUUGGGCCUCACUUGCACUGCUGACCUCACCCAGCGCCUAAAGCUACUCUAUAUGGUCCACUUACCCCCAGUCCUCAAUAUAGAGGACAUUGAGAGUCCCACGAACUCUGGUCGUCGAACAGCGACUCGGUCUGUUAUUGCAGAGGGUGGUGCUGAAGUUGCAGCGGAGGCCACAGACUUCUUUGACACAAUGCAGCAGAGUAUCACUUCUUUAGAAUCUGCAGAAGUUGACGACAGCAUGAGCAAUUCUCAAGGGGAGCAGUCACUGUGGGAGGUUCGCAGUCUCAGCAGUUUACGUUCUCUUGUGGAAAAGAAAGAUUCUCGUUCUCAGCUGAAAGCAGUGCCUCGUAUGGGACAACCACACUUCAUUGUACUGUGGAAGACAAUGUACGGUUUGUUUGAAGCACAGCCAGAGGACCAGGAGGUAUUUCACUGUAUUGCAAGUGUAGGAACACUGCUAUUACAGUUGGGAGAUGUUGGGAAAAAGUUCUAUCUUGAAAGGGAAGAAUCCGUAGAUAGCCUGGCUGAUGCUGCAGCUGCUCACUGGAGCUCACGAAUGGAACAGCCUGGGCCAGCUCUUGUAACCGCAACACCUGAUCGUAACGGAAACCCUGGGGUUAAUGGCAACAGCAAUAGCACUGCUGACCCAUAUUGGUCCAUCAGUAUUGAGCAGUUUCUAGCCACUGUACUAACAGGCCAACCAAUAGUUGAAUUCUUCAGCCAACGGACAUCUUUGGCAGAUGGAAUAAUGCGUCUCCGCGGCCGUCGCUUUAAUAGGCUGCAUAGUCUUACUGUUUAAAUGAGAUAAACAUUGUUUUUGUACAGUGGAACAGCUUUUCUAAGGCAGAUGUAGUGGCCUGUGUUAGUGUACAUGUUUUUAUAAAACAAAUAAUUGCAAGUGUAUUUUAUAAUGCUGGUAAUAGAAAUUUGUAUAUUUGCUGUAUUGUGGUAGUAGCUGGUAACAAGUCACUGAAGGCUUCCUUGGCAAACAAGAUGGAUAACUUUCCAUCAUACUGGUAUUUAUUUUUGUAAAACACACACACACACACACACAGAGUUUUGGUCAUUUUGCUGGAAUCAGUUUAUAUUUAUAAAAAUCAUUGUGUGAUAUCAGAAUUCGGAUAUUACAAUUAAAGGGCUCCAGGUGGUCCCUUAAAGGUUCAUUAAUGCAGAUAUAAUACAACAUAUUGAGCUCUGCUCUUAUAUGAUUUACAUGUACCUGGAGAAAACUCAUUUUCCUGGUACAUCCAGUGCUGUUUGAAUUGUGAAUAUUGACUAUUUGAUUUACUGACAAUACUGGUCACUGUAUAAAAUCCCAGACAUGCAGAAAUUGUAUCAAGUCUCUGUAAAAGUAAAAUGAAAUUUAUAGAAUUGCUAGUAGUUUAAAAGGCUGCAGAAACAGUGUCCAGUUUGUCAGGGUGUUAGUUUGCAUUAUUGAUUCUUUAUGGUGAUGUGAUAUCUUAAUUACAUUAAUAGAUCACUCAAAACUGGGAUUCUGUCUUAACUGUACACUUCUCCUAUGUAACCACAUGUACACACUCUGUUACUUCAUUUAUAGUAAAUAAAAACAGUUAUGAGAUACACUUAUUAGCAUAAAAGGUGCAGACAUUAGCAUGUACAUUGCUAUAAACAAAAUACCCUUGGUGUUUAAGUUGUUGGAGUAGUAAUCCAAAUGUGAAAACGUUUUUGUUUUUAAUAUUUGCUGAUAGAGAGUCAUUCCAGUUUCUAUGUGCAGAGAGAGGCAGACUGAGAGAAUGUGUAAUAGUAAUUAACUACAGACAAUAGUGCUUCUGUUGAAUGUUUAGCUCUUUAGGCCUAAGGCCAUUAAUGGGCUCCUUUUUUUUUUUUUUUUUUUUUUUUUUUUU